AUGGCCGAAGCUGGAGGAGAACGCGGCGCCGAGCGAGGAGGAGACAGAGGUGGAUUCAGUCGUGGAUUCGGAGGCCGUGGCGACCGUGGUCGUGGUGGUCCAAGAGGACGUGGAGGACGACGUGGAGGCCGUCCCGCCGAAGAGGAAAAAUGGACACCAGUGACCAAACUUGGCCGUCUCGUGAAGGAAGGAAAGAUCCAGAAGCUUGAACAGAUCUACCUCCACUCACUCCCCGUCAAGGAGUACCAGAUCAUCGAUCUCCUCGUCGGUCCAACGCUCAAAGACGAGGUGAUGAAGAUCAUGCCUGUUCAGAAACAGACGAGAGCUGGUCAGAGGACGAGGUUCAAGGCCUUUGUUGUUGUCGGAGACACUAAUGGUCACGUUGGUUUGGGAGUGAAGUGUUCUAAGGAGGUUGCUACGGCGAUUAGAGGUGGGAUUAUAUUGGCGAAGUUGUCUGUUAUUCCGGUGAGGAGAGGGUACUGGGGGAAUAAGAUUGGGAAGCCGCAUACGGUUCCUUGUAAGGUUACUGGGAAGUGUGGUUCGGUGACGGUGAGGAUGGUUCCUGCGCCGAGAGGUGCUGGUAUUGUGGCGGCUAGGGUUCCUAAGAAGGUUCUUCAGUUUGCUGGUAUUGAUGAUGUUUUCACUUCUUCAAGGGGGUCUACUAAGACUCUUGGAAACUUUGUCAAGGCUACAUUCGACUGUCUUCAGAAGACUUACGGAUUCCUCACUCCAGAGUUCUGGAAAGAGACGAGCUUUAAGAAAUCCCCGUAUCAAGAGUACACAGAUCUGUUGGCCCUAAAGACACCUACUACCAAAGUCAUCACCGAGGGUGAAGACCAAGCCUCUUAAAUAACAAGAAUGUCCUCCCUUGUUUCUUUUUGGAUUAUACUUUCUUGAGUUUAUGCUUAUGGUUGAACCUUUGGUAGUAGCAUAUUUUGCUGGAUUGCAUCUUAUGUUUUCAUUUCAAACUGUUACUUUUGCUCAGUUUUUUUCUUGAAUUAUGGAUGGUUAAAUUAUAGCUUUUGCUUUCUGUGCCAGUUUGAUUUUUUUGUGCCAUAUCCAUCUGAAAUCCUGUUUUUUGUCUUCUUUCUGGGCCAAUUUGAUUUUCACUAAUUUUC